CUUUCACAUGCAUAUAUAACUUGAGUUGAAGACAUUGUAAAGUCCCAUCGUGCUUAUUUUCAACAAUCACCUUACCGCACACCACCACUGUACCAGCCAUGACUACCAACUUCACCGAGUUCGAACCCAAGAACAUGCAUUUCCGCCGUUUAGGCCCCAGCGGCCUACGGGUCCCCGUAUUCUCGCUUGGUGGAUGGCUGACGCUGGGAGGAACUGUUGUUGGUGACCCUGUCAAGGAAAUCAUCAAAGUUGCCUUUGAGCAUGGCGUCAACAUGUUCGACACCGCCGAGGGCUACGCAAAGGGUCAAUCGGAAAUUGAAAUGGGUCGUGUUAUCAAAGAACUCAACUAUCGUCGCUCUGAUUUGGUCAUCACCACAAAAUUGUUCUUUGGUACCCGUACUGGUCCCAAUGACACUGGUCUCUCGAGAAAACACAUUAUCGAAGGUACCCAAGAGUCACUGGACCGUCUUGGCCUCGACUAUGUUGAUGUCAUUUUCGCACACCGUCCUGAUUACACCACGCCGAUGGAGGAGGUCGUCCGCGCUUUCAACUUUGUCAUUGAGAAGGGCUGGGCAUUCUACUGGGCCACAUCAGAAUGGUCUGCCAGGGACAUUGAGGAGGCUUACCACGUCGCCGAGAAACUUAACCUGAUCCCUCCUAUUGCUGAGCAGUGCCAGCACCACAUGUUUCACCGUGAACGCCCCGAAAAGGAGUACGCACCUGUGUACAAGAAAUAUUCCAUCGGGACCACUGUUUGGUCUGCAUUGGCUAGCGGCCUCCUCACCGGAAAGUACAACAACGGUAUUCCGGCAGAUUCGCGAUUCGCCGCUCACUUCGACUUCUUCAAGGAUACCCUUAAGAGCCUCAACGAGGAGGAGGGCCUCGCCAAGAUUGCCAAAGUACAAGCGCUCACCAAGCUCGCCGAGACGGAGUUGGGCUGUAGCGUCACGCACUUGGCAUUGGCAUGGAUUGCAAAGAAUCCGAACACGAGCACUGUCAUCCUCGGUGCCUCCAAGCCCGAGCAGGUGGUCGAUAACUUGAAAGCGUUGGACGUUAUUCCCAAGCUGACACCUGAGAUCCUAGAGAAAGUUGAGGCAAUCCUUCAAAACAAACCUGCACCAAUUGUGAGUGAUGGCGAUGGAUUCUUGAUUGAUGAGGAUGCUGAUCAUCACUCCACCCUCAGCCUACCUUUGGCAGGCCACCACUCGAUCCCUAUGGUCGCCUAUGAGGUGAUGACUUUUCCGGGGGGUUCAGUGAUUUAUGACACGAAGGAUUGACAGCCAGUCACGGAGCUGUGUAAUACAUGAAUACACCCAGAACAAGAGAAAGUCAAGUAUUUGGGAUUGGCUGGUGCAUGGAAGCUACGACGCUGGCGCAGAAGAAUAUAGGUCAAACAAUUUCAAAACAUCCUGGAUCCAGGGCCAUCUCACGAUUCGGCUAGUCUUCCGAAUCUGAGUCUGUCGCUACCGAUUCAGAGUCGUUGUCUGGCGGCAUCAAUGCACCUUCCUCCCGAGAAGGGCGCGCAGACGGCUGAUGCGUGACUUUGCCAAAGAUGCGGUUGCGCAUAGCCCAAUACUGAAAGUUCCUCUUGAUUCGUUGCCUGAUUGGAUACAGCCACCAUAGGGCGGUGUGUGAAUCCCACACCGCCCAUAUCACGAAGAGCGUCACCAAGCCAACUGCACAGCCAACCAGGACACGUGUUAUAUCAUCUGAGUACU